CCUCCCUGACUGACUGAUCAGUCUCUGGGAGCCCUCAGCCCAGGCGUCAUGGCCUCCAUCAGCUCAUCGAUCCUCCAGGCAACCCGGUGUCUGUGUGACAGCAGCGGGUCCAUGCAGCUGCAGCAGCUGCAGCAGGAGAUGCAGAGGCGCUGCAACAUCUCAGAUGAAGACUUCCUCUACAUCAUCCAUGGCUGCCCAAUGCGCUUCCUGCUGGUUCCUGAGGGCAGCUCCUACAAGGUGGUUGGCCGCACCUCCCUGCGGCUCUGCAGCUCCUACAGCCACGGAGAGCCGUGCGGAGAAGGCUGCCAGCAGCUGCACCUCUGCUUGUUCUACUUCUAUGGGAACUGCAGGUUCGGGAAGGGCAGGAAGCCGUGUAAGUUCUCUCAUGAUGUCUACUCCAAACAUAACUACGGGUUGCUGAGAGAAUGCACGCUGCAGGAGCUGAAAGAGGACGAGCUGUUCCUGCUGCUUCUGCAGAACGACCCCCAGCUGCUGCCUAAGGUGUGUAUUUACUACAACAAAGGCUCAGCUCCACAUGGCAGCUGCAACUUACGGGAUUCCUGCAACAAUGUGCACCUGUGUCAGCACUUCGUGCAAGGGAGCUGUAAGUUUGGUCACAUGUGCAAGCGACAGCACACCAUCGACCAGCAUGGUCAGAGGGUCCUGGAGAAGAGAGGACUGGGCAGGGACAUCAUCGCAGAUCUACCGAAUAUCUACAGGAACGUCCACCAUCUCAAAGCUGCCGCCGCAGCAUCACCUGCUGCUGCAUCACCCGCUGCUGCAUCGCCUGCUGCUCCAUCGCCUACUGCAGACAAUGCUGCCUGGUUCUGUAAAGCCGCUCAGACCGACGACGCGGAGGAAAUCUGUCUGCAUUUCAUCAGGAACAGCUGCAAGUUCCAACGGAACUGCCGCCAGGUCCACUUCCACCUUCCCUACAAGUGGGAGGUCCAUGAUGGCAGCGGAUGGUCUGAUCUGGAAAACAUGGAGGAGAUUGAAGAGGAUUACUGCGACCCUGCAAAGACUCAUAGCUCAGACUAUCAGCGGGUGGACUUUGAGACCAUGACAUUGGAGUCCAUGCCCGUACGCCGUCUCUCCACGGUCUCCUCAGUGAAGAAGCCGCCGCACUAUAACCUGACGACUAAGUGGCUGUGGUACUACAAGCGAGAACCUGGGAACUGGUUGGAGUAUGGACAGCUGGAUGAGAAGCAGCAGUCAACGUCAGUGACAUCACAGACUCUGGAGGAGGCCUUCCUGUCUGGAAAAACAGCCGAAGUUAAUCUAAUGAAGGGCCAAAAGGCUUAUGUCGUCUCCUUCAAAGACAUGUACCAGAGGAACCCCAAACACAACACAAAGAGGAGAGUCGUCCGCCGUCCUCGCUUCGUCUCCAAGGCUGAGGUGGACAAACUGGUGGCUAUUAUGCGGAAAUGUUCUGGAUGAAGCGCUAACCUGAGGCUUCUAGACUUUGGUAGUCGGUAACCGUGGAUCUGAUGGACUUAAAAACAAUUGGAAUCCUUCUUUAUAGUUUUUAACCAAAGGAAAAGACAUUUCUUCUUUUAUUGGCUAAAAAUUAUCUGCUUUCAUGUCAGCCGCUUUCCUCUCCUCAGCAUCAUCUGCUGUCUUAGCUAUCUUUGAGUCAUUAUUUGGUGUUUUGACCUCCUGGUCUGUAGAGCAGACUGAAGACCACAGGAUGAGAUGGUCUGCAUCAUUUUAAAGAUCUCUGACUGACUGGGAUCCAGUUCCAGAACCAUCUGAUGGGCUCCAGUUAAAUCUCUGUGGUCUAAAUUCCUGAACAUGAAGGUCGUUACUGAUGUCUGCGCGGCGUUCCUUUACCUGAAGCACUUUGUUUAUGAAACUGCACCUUAUGCACGUCCUGUAGAUGCUGCUGCUUUCUCAGUUUUAGCAUAAUCCUCUGUUUUUCAUUAAAAAAUAUAUAUUUUCUUGCA